AUGGCCCCUCCAAAGGUCUUCUCUAUCGAGGGCAAAGGCCUCAAGCUCGAUUCCGCUGAGGAUAUCGAGUCUCACAUCAAGCCUCUUCUCGAAGCCACCGACUACACUGAGAUCCGCUUCGGAGGCAACACUCUGGGUGUUCCUGCUUGCGAGCGUCUCGCCGCUGUGCUUUCUACGCAAAAGAGCCUCGAAGUGGCUGAACUUGCCGACAUCUUCACCUCUCGUCUGCUGAGCGAAAUCCCCGACGCUCUGACCUUCCUCCUUAAUGCCCUUCUCGAAAUCACCACCCUCCACACCGUCAACCUCUCCGAUAAUGCCUUCGGCGCCAACACCCAGAAGCCCCUCGUCGACUUCCUUGCUCGCCACACCCCGCUCCGCCACCUGAUCCUUAACAACAACGGCAUGGGCCCCGAGGCUGGUUCGAACAUCGCAAAGGCGCUCACAGAGCUGGCUCAGCGCAAGGAGGAGGCCCGCAAGGAGGGCAAGGAGGUGCCUCUUCUCGAGAGCAUCGUCUGCGGUCGCAAUCGCUUGGAGAACGGCAGUAUGGCGGCUUGGGCACGUGCCUACGAGGUGCACGCUGCCGGCAUGCGCUCCGUCAAGAUGACACAGAACGGUAUCCGUCAGGAGGGUAUCUCGAUGCUGUUGAAGGAUGGUCUUCGUCACUGCUCUGCUCUGGAGGUUCUCGACCUGCAGGACAACACUUUCACCAUCAUGGGCUCCACCGCUCUUGCUGGUGUGGUGUCCAGCUGGCCCUCUCUCCGUGAGCUGGGUGUCAGCGACUGCUUGCUGUCCGGCCGUGGUGGCGUCAAGGUCGCUCAGGCUCUGGCUGAGGCCAAGAACCAGAAGGUCCAGACGCUGCGUCUGCAGUACAACGAGAUCACCGCCGAGGGUGUCAAGCAGUUCCUGCACGCCACCAAGACUGCUCUUCCUGCCCUGCGUCGCAUUGAGCUGAACGGUAACAUCUUCAACGAGGAUGACAACAACGUGACGGAACUGCGCGAGAUCCUGGAGGCCCGUCAGGAGGAGCACGGCCAGGACGAUGACCCGGAGGACAUGUGGGGUGUCGACGAGCUGGACGAACUUGAGGAGGAGGAGAGCGAGGAAGAGGAGGAAGAAGAGGAGGAGGAAGAGGAAGAGAAGGCCGAGAAGCUUGUCAAGGACGACGAGGCGGCCGAGAACGAAAAGGUCUCUCAGAAGAAGGACGACGAUGUCGACAAGCUUGCCGACGUGUUGGGCAAGACUGGUCUGUAG